AUGGAUGAUAGUAGUCGUAACAUUGAAAAAUGCAGAUGGGGUACAAAAUGCGUACCUCAGAGUAUAGCUAUUACUGGCAAUGCUACAUCGGCAAGGAAUGGCGUUACUGUCGCUGGAGGUAAAGGUUCAGGCAGUGUCACCAAUCAGCUACAUCUCCCUUCUGGUCUCGUCGUCAAUGAGGAUCAAACAGUGGUCAUUGCUGACACCUGGAAUCAUCGUAUCAUUCAAUGGAAGAAAGAUGAUACGAAUGGACAAGUUGUCGCUGGUGGAAAGGGUCUAGGGAAUCGAACGGACCAACUAAACUAUCCAAGCGAUGUUUUGAUCGACAAAGUGACGGAUAGUCUCAUUAUUUGUGAUCAAAAUAAUCGACGAGUUGUACGAUGGUCUCGCCAUAGUAGCACAACACAAGGAGAAAUUUUGAUCAACAACAUCUUUUGUUAUGGAUUAUUUAUGCAUGAUCAAAGAGAUCUCUACGUUUCUGACAUCGGAAAACAUGAAGUAAGACGAUAUCAAAUGGGUGACAAGAAUGGAAUUCUCGUGGCUGGUGGAAAUCGGGCAGGUUCUGGUCUAAAUCAAUUCAAACUGUCAGCAUAUCUCUUCGUCGGUCGACAACAAAAUGUCUAUGUGUCACACAGAGACAAUAGCCGUGUGAUGAAAUGGGGAAAAGGUGUAUAA